UUUUGACAUGUUUCCCUAGUUGCACACAUGGAAACAGGGGCAUUAUCAAUAUUUACGUCUGACUAUGGAAACCGCUGGGGAUAAGGGUAUAAAUGGAACUGCACCUACCAGACAACAGCAUCUACCUUAACUGUUUGGUUUACUAAGUGUCAUUUGGGUGGAUCUAAAAUGAAGAUUGCCUGCAUAUCAGCUGUCUUUUUGACUUUUGUCGGUUUCUUCCAGGACGGAGAUGCAGCAAUUACUGAAUGGACUGAACCAGAUAUAACUGGCGCAGAUGGAACAGGAGCUCUUACUAUUCAAGAAACCCAAGCCACUAGUACAACAAUUACAACAUUCGCCGCCACAACAGACUCAACACAUGCGACACCUACUAUUACAUACGCAUUAUCACCUGCAGUUAGUCCAUUUGCUGUGGCGACUGCAACUGGUGAACUGACAAUUACUGCUGCACUUGACUUCGCAACAGAUUCAUCCUACACAUUAGAAAUUGUGUUUGUACCUAUUAUACAAUAUUCUGAUAUUUCCGAGACAAAAUUAAUAUGGUGAAAACUUUUUUAUUCAAUCUUCUAAGUGAUGUAUUUUUGACAUCAAAGGUGUUGGUGUAAUUUUCAAAUGUUUCUGAUUCACACUGAAAAAAAUUAAAUGAUAUUUAAAAGAGGACGAAAACAACCAGUCUCUCCACUGGCGCUAGAUCAGAAAGAAAAUGCCUCUGUACAUGUUAUACCCU